CCCAAUAAUACAGAACCUUAUGACAUAAUAGACAAGAGUAUGGAGUGAGUAGACAUCUAUUCCCGGGGAGUUAUGCUUGGAGUUAUUAGUAACAAACUUACGAAAAUACAAACUUCUCGGGUUUGAGAUAUGUGGAUAUAACUCACUGGGAAAUUUUGUAAAGGAGAAAAGUUUGCAAAACACAAUGGAAUCCUGUAAAUAUCUAGAGAAAUCUCCAGGAUCUUCAAUGAUGUUCUUAUUGAUGGUAUUGACGUAUGGCGUCAUGACUGUGAACGGCUGGGGAGCGACAUGUUCUCAGGGACCACCGGGACCACCUGGUCCUCCAGGACCAUCAGGACCUGCGGGUAGUCCAGGCGAUGGGGAACUCCUUGAAUAUAACAACUGGAAACAGUGUGCCUGGUACUCUAAUAACGGAAAUGAUUAUGACACUAUUUACACCUGUACUUUUACAAAGAGACAUAGUGACUCUGCUCUCUGGGUCUACUAUGGAGGCAACCUUCGUCUUUAUGGAUGUAGUGGAUGCUGUAAAAGAUGGUAUUUUACUUUCAAUGAUAAUGAAUGUUCACCUACACCUAUUGAUGGUAUAGUCUACCAAGCCAAUACAUACUACAUGAACCUGCACAGGCACAGAAGUAUUUCAGGAUACUGUCACACGGUUGGAGCUGGAUCGGUAAAUGUUAAAUUUUUGGUAGGAGACUGCCCGGGAUAUGGGAACUUUGAUGCAUCCACAGGAUGGAACAGUGCAUCACGAAUCAUCAUCAAGGAGGUCCCUAAAUCAUCAUAUGGAUACUAGCUUGAUC